ACAACAUCCAUUUAUACUGCCUCCUAUGCACGUCCAGUGUGGAGAACACUACACUGAAACACAUAAUUCACAAGAUAGCAUUUUCCAUGGAAAUGAAGAAACUUUCUACUGUAGGUCUCAGACCAGUUUGGAUAGGUGUCCAAUGGACUUCAGCUACUUGAAUGGUAAUAGACCCAAUGGGAGCGUAUGCAGCGCCCACAGCAUGAACUCUCUCAAUCGCUCACAGAACUUCAUCCAGGCAUCUCCAGUGUCCUCCAACCUGAGCAUCCCUGGAAGUGACAUCAUGAGAGCAGACUAUAUCCCCAGCCACAGACAUAGUGCAAUCAUAGUACCCUCUUACCGGCCAACUCCAGACUAUGAAACCGUCAUGAGGCAAAUGAAGAGAGGGGUGAUCCAGAUGGAUAGCCAGAGUCAGUCUUUGAGGAAUCUCAAUAUUGGAAACACACAUGCUUAUAACCAGCCAGAAGACCUAGUUUACAGUCAGCCUGAGAUUCGAGAGAGGCAUCCUUACACAGUUACAUACGGACCCCAGAGCAGUGGCUAUAACAAGCCUGUCGCCCCGUCUGACCAAAUGAACCCUAGUAAUGCUGCUCAGAGUAAGACAGCAGCCAGUGCCAUAUCCCACACGGUCAGCACACCCGAGCUGGCUAACAUGCAGCUGCAGAGCAGCCAGAGCUACAACACCGCUCACAUGUUAAAGAACUAUCUCUUCAGACCCCCACCUCCGUACCCACGUCCACGUCCCGCCACGAGCACGCCGGACCUGGCGAGCCACCGGCACAAGUACGUCAGUGGCAGCAGUCCUGACCUGGUCACUCGCAAGGUCCAGCUCUCGGUUAAAACCUUCCAAGAGGACAGCUCGCCCGUGGUCCGUCAGUCGCUGCAGGAGGUCAGCGAGCCCCUCCUGGCAGUGAAGCACCACGCGGCUGUGAACAAGCGCCACAGCUUGGAGGUCAUCAGCAACAUGGUACGUGGCAUAGAAGCCAUGGCGCUGAAGACUUUAAACGCUCCUCUGCCGCGCAGGAACACCCUGCGGGAGCAAGUGCAGCCGGAAGAGUCGGUUCAGAUGGGGCAUGAAGUUCAGCAAGUUCCUCAUUAUCAUCACAAAAAGACCUUCUCUGAUGCCACCAUGCUGAUACACAGCAGUGAAAGCGAGGAGGAAGAAGAGACCUCGGAAUCUGUGUCGCAGAUUACAGCCCUCCAUAAGAACAUGGAGUACAGCGCUCAGCUGCAAGCUGCCCUGGCUAGAAUACCAAAUAAACCUCCUCCAGAGUAUCCUGGGCCUCGGAAAAGUGUCAGCAACGGGGCCCUGAGGCAGGACCCUGUUAGCAUUUCUGUGGCUGUAGCCAGGGCCAAGGCCAUGAGGCCAGGGCCGUCCAAAGCCAUCAGUGUGUCUCGAACUGAUCAAAUGGCAAUAAACGGGUCCUCGCUCGGGCCCUCUAUCUCAGAGCCUGACCUCACAAGUGUGAAGGAGCGGGUCAAGAAAGAACCUGUCAAGGAAAGACCUGUGUCUGAAAUGUUUUCUAUUGAGGACAGCAUUAUAGAAAGAGAAAUCAUGAUGAGGAAUCUAGAAAAGCAGAAGAUGGCAGGCCUGGAGGCCCAGAAGAGGCCCUUGAUGUUGGCAGCACUGAACGGACUCUCAGUUGCUAGGGUUCCAGUGCCGGAGGACAGCCAGGAUGAAGUCACCAAGGUGCCAAUGGAUGAGAGGUGCAAAAUCCUGAAGAGGAAGUUGGAAGAGGGGAUGGUGUUUACAGAAUACGAGCAGAUUCCAAAGAAAAAGGCAGAUGGGAUCUUCACCACUGCUGCCUUGCCUGAAAACACUGAGCGCAACCGCAUCAGGGAGGUCGUUCCUUAUGAGGAGAACAGAGUAGAGCUGGUGCCGACCAAAGAAAACAACACAGGCUACAUCAACGCUUCACACAUAAAGGUUACUGUAGGUGGAGAGGAAUGGCACUACAUCGCUACCCAGGGGCCUCUGCCACACACAUGCCAUGACUUCUGGCAGAUGGUGUGGGAACAGGGGGUGAAUGUUAUAGCCAUGGUCACAGCUGAGGAGGAGGGAGGAAGAAGUAAGAGUCAUCGUUACUGGCCCAAACUGGGCUCUAAGCACAGCUCAGCCACUUACGGGAAGUUCAAGGUGACAACCAAGUUCCGCACGGAUUCUGGCUGCUAUGCAACUACUGGUCUGAAAGUCAAGCAUCUUCUGUCUGGACAAGAGAGGACAGUGUGGCAUUUGCAGUACACUGACUGGCCAGACCAUGGGUGUCCAGAAGAAGUCCAGGGCUUUUUAUCUUACCUGGAGGAGAUCCAGUCGGUGCGCCGCCACACCAACAGCGUGCUGGACAGCAGCAACCCCUGCAACCCGCCCAUCGUGGUGCACUGCAGCGCUGGGGUGGGCAGGACCGGGGUGGUCAUCCUGACCGAGCUCAUGGUCGGCUGCUUGGAGCACAAUGAGAAGGUGGAUGUUCCCAUGAUGCUGAGGCACCUGCGGGAGCAGAGGAUGUUCAUGAUCCAGACCAUAGCCCAGUACAAGUUUGUCUACCAAGUGCUCAUCCAGUUCCUGCAGAACUCCAGACUUAUUUAACCUUUCCAAACAUCCCAGACCCAGCUUUGUGGAUCUGACUGAACCUUACUGACGAACAAGAGGAACUGCCUUGACAACGCUGUGUGCAUGUAUUGCACUUCUUAAGGUUGUCUUGAAAAGUAAGGAAUGCUUGUCCUUUACUAGCGUCUCCCAUGGAUUAUUUUAUACAAGAUAUAAUUUAUUUUUCUUGGAAUAACUUGUGAAUUACUUUAAUAACUUGUAAAACUUACAGUGACCUUCAAACUGAACCACAUUCGCAUAACUGGUCUGCAUUGUAACAUGUCCCUAAGGAAAGCAAUCCUUUGUAAAGGUAGUUUGCUGGCUUUUAUUUUGCUGCACAGCUUCUGAAAUGAACAGUUAUUUGGAGGUGGGCUUUUUCUCAUGUAAGAACAUUAUGGACCCAGAUAUGUGGUGUCCACGGUAAGAACAAGACCUGCUACAGCUACAGUUCUGUUUGAGUGGAAGCUGUGGGAACGCAGUCCUGGAGCAUGGAGCCCUGAGCCUCUGCACACACAGCAGGGCAUGUUACAGAGGGCUCAAACACAGGACAUUGUGAGGGCAGAGCGUUUGGGUGCUAAACUGUUCAAAUUCCACAGGAAUUAAGGUUUUAGAUUAGGCCUUGAAAAAAAAGCAAUAUUGGAACUUCUAAAUGAGGCCUUUGCUACUGUCUGCAGUCCUUGAAGGGGUUCAGAAGAGCUGAAGCAGUGCAGGGUGAAGGGCAGUGACCUGGAGCAGGCUGAGGUCAGUGAAUGGGUCUUUCUGGUAACUGUGGUGGGCUGUGGGUUAAACAGCAGAAGGAAUUCCAACUCAGUGCUGCUGAAAAAACCCCUCAAACCGAGCACCUUCUUAUGGAACACACUGAAAGUUUUAUUGCCUUGAGGCUCACCUCCUGUAGAAAAGGAAUCUCAAUUUAACUUAAGCAUCUCCAGUUGCUUUUUAUGUGUAAGCUCCUGUCUUCAUCAUUGUCAUCAUUUUACUUUCUAGUCAUUUGAACUUUGAAUCAUCAUUAUGGUCUUUCCUCCACAUCUGCGAUCUCCAAACAGUGACCCUUGAGAACUGUAGCUCAGAAUCUGCCUGGAGUCUUCCCCCAUCACUCUCUUGUGGUUUCUGAGCACAGGGACCAGUCUGUCUUUUGGUAUUGGCCAACCUCACUUUGUUAGGGUAUUUACUGUAUUGAAUUGCACAGAUCAUCUCUCUUCUCUGUCCGGGUCACUUUGGAUUCUCCCUCCUAUUUAUUACUAUUUUAUCUGGGUAGUGUUCAGGGAUUCCAGUGAGGAUUCAGAGCAUGAUAUGUAUUUAUGUAUCAUAUAAAGGAGAUGUGGUCCUUGCCUGAAGUUUACAACCAGAAAAGCAAAGGGAAACAAACCUCAUCCACUGCGUAACGAGGGCACAGAUCCUUAACUGGCUCGCCCUAGGCCAACAGUG